GUGACCUUCAUUACUCGAUGACUUUUUUCAACAAAUCACAAAGACAUUGGCACCCUAUAUCUCAUCUUCGGCGCAUGAGCGGGUAUAGUGGGCACAGCCCUCAGCCUGCUCAUUCGUGCAGAAUUAGGACAACCAGGGACACUACUUGGAGACGAUCAAAUCUACAAUGUAAUCGUUACCGCUCAUGCCUUCGUAAUAAUUUUCUUCAUAGUUAUACCAGUAAUAAUUGGUGGCUUUGGAAACUGACUAGUUCCACUUAUAAUUGGUGCCCCAGACAUAGCCUUCCCCCGAAUAAAUAAUAUAAGUUUCUGACUACUUCCACCCUCCUUUCUACUCCUACUGGCAUCAUCAACCGUCGAAGCCGGAGCAGGAACUGGAUGAACUGUUUAUCCGCCCCUAGCAGGUAACCUCGCCCACGCUGGAGCCUCUGUUGACCUCGCCAUCUUCUCACUACACCUAGCUGGUGUUUCUUCUAUCCUAGGUGCAAUCAACUUUAUUACAACAGCCAUUAACAUAAAACCCCCAGCCCUUUCACAAUACCAAACCCCUCUAUUCGUGUGAUCAGUCCUAAUCACCGCCAUCCUACUACUACUAUCACUCCCAGUACUCGCUGCAGGUAUUACCAUGCUCCUCACGGACCGAAAUCUCAAUACCACAUUCUUUGAUCCCGCGGGAGGAGGAGACCCCGUCCUAUACCAACACCUCUUCUGAUUCUUCGGACACCCUGAAGUCUAUAUCCUAAUUCUCCCUGGCUUCGGAAUUAUCUCUCAUGUAGUUACGUACUAUGCUGGUAAAAAGGAACCAUUCGGAUAUAUAGGAAUAGUUUGGGCUAUACUAUCUAUUGGAUUCCUGGGCUUUAUCGUAUGGGCUCACCAUAUGUUCACAGUAGGCAUAGACGUGGAUACCCGAGCCUACUUCACAUCAGCCACAAUAAUUAUUGCCAUUCCGACCGGUAUCAAAGUAUUUAGCUGAUUAGCCACCCUACAUGGAGGAACAAUUAAAUGAGACCCGCCCAUCCUAUGAGCUCUGGGCUUCAUCUUCCUCUUCACUAUUGGAGGUCUAACUGGCAUCGUACUAGCAAACUCCUCACUAGAUAUUGCCCUGCACGAUACAUAUUACGUAGUAGCUCACUUCCACUAUGUUCUCUCCAUAGGAGCAGUAUUUGCCAUCCUGGCAGGAUUUACACACUGAUUCCCCCUAUUCACGGGCUACACCCUCCACCCGACAUGAGCAAAAGCACACUUCGGAGUGAUAUUCACAGGAGUAAAUCUAACCUUCUUCCCUCAACAUUUCCUAGGCCUAGCCGGCAUGCCACGACGAUAUUCAGACUACCCAGAUGCCUAUACACUAUGAAACACUAUAUCAUCCAUCGGCUCACUAAUCUCUAUAACAGCCGUAAUCAUACUAAUAUUUAUCAUCUGAGAAGCAUUUUCAUCAAAACGAAAAGUCCUUCAACCAGAACUAAUCGCCACUAAUAUUGAAUGAAUCCACGGCUGCCCACCUCCCCACCACACCUUUGAAGAACCAGCCUUCGUUCAAGUCCAAGAAAGG